UCUUUGUAGAAUUAGUUUUAAAACAGUAAAAUCAGAAAAAAUGUACAUUUUUGUAUAUUCCGCUUAGAAUUGAUAAUUGUUUAUCAAUGUGUAUUGCUUUAAAAAGAAUGCUUGUCAUAAACUAAAAGUAGAAGUAAUAUCAACUGCUCAAGAGAUCGUCAAUAUUGAACGUCAUAGAGGCAAAAAGUGUCCUGAAAAGAAAGCAAGAAAAUUGCAAAAGAAUCAAGAGUAAUUGUACCAAUACUUAUUAAAAAUGAAAACAAUUAUUAUCCUUGGAAAUAUAACAAUUUUCCUCGUUGCAUUAACAGUAACUGAAUCUAUGAGAUUGUCUGAAAAUGAUCGAAAAAAAGAGUUUACUGCAUUAAAAACCCUGAAACAAUUGGUAGCAUCUAAAUAUCUCCGUAAAUAUAAUGCAGAAGAAGCAUCUGAGCUUCUAGGUCAAUAUAUUAUGAACAGCCAUGAAUUGAUUGAAUUUGCUGAAUAUUUAAAUAAAACUGGAAAUGUGCCAGAAUGGAGCAAGACAAUGAAAUUAAAAAAUCCAAAAUUUUAUGAAAUUUUGCGUUAUAAUAAUCUUGUUGACUUCAUUCCUUUAAAAAAAGAAAUAACUUAUCAAAUUGCAACCAACCUUAAAAUGACAAUCUUCAAAGAUUCACCAAGUAUUUCAAUUGAAAAAUUGGUUCAUUUUUAUAAAACAGCAAAUUUGAAUGAACUUAUUUCAUUGGAGGAUUAUUAUGCUAUAAACGUUUUAUUAAUAGAUCGUAAUCAAAUGUUUUUACCAAAUCCCGUAGGUUGGAGAAUAAAAACAGCAUUAUACAGUUUGGCUAUUCGACAGUAUAGUUUAAAUUUGAAUUUCAAUUUUUCACCAAAAAAUUGCUUUAUUAGAGUACGUGGCGAUGCGAAUUACGUAAAUGGAUUUGAAGUUGGAAGCCAUUCUAAACUUUCCGACUUUUGGUUUUUCAAAAGCCAUAACGUAUUUGAAGAAUCAGACUCAAAUUCUCCUAUUUAUAAUGACAACAAUCCUUCCAACUGGGUAUCUUAUAAAUUUGUAAUUACCGAACCCAGAGUGAUAGUUAAUUUGGAAGAAGUCGUUAAAAAUGACAAGAAAUUGUAUGUGCUUCUUCCUCGUACGGAUUUUGUAGUAUUAAAAAAACGAUUAAUUUAUGAUACUUUCUUUGGACUAACAUCAUUUAUAAAAGCGAAAACUACUCCUAUUCUCAACAAAUCAAACUGGAUUACUAAUAUGGCGAAUAAGAUUGAAGAGUAUAAAAAGAUGGAAGAGAAAUAUUUUGACAACCUUCCAUUAUUAUCAAGUAGUGGGGAUGAAAGUGAGUAGCGUACAAAGUUUUGAAACGCAACAAAAAUAAUACAUGUACCCUGCUUCUUUUUAUCUUAUUUGAAAUAUUUAAUAAUACAGCAAGGGGAUAUUUCUUUUUAAAAAAAACAUGCAAAAUAUUGUUACUUAACUAAUAUUACAUUAUGUACAAGUUGAUGAAAUAAUAAAUAAAAAAUAUUC